AUGCCGCCUCCCCCUCAAAAGAUCCUCGUCCUCGGCGCAGGCGAGCUCGGCCUCUCUGUCCUCUCUGCCCUCUGCACCCAUCCUUCCCGCCACAUCCCCAGCGCCGCCACCAUCACCGUCCUCCUCCGCACAUCCAAGCCCUCACUUACUUCCCAACUGACCUCUUGGGGCGUCGAAACCGUUUACGCGGACAUCGCCGUGGCGACAAAAGAAGAGUUAGCAGGCAUAUUCGGGGAGUAUGACACAGUAAUCGGCUGCACGGGCAUGGGGUUACCCGGGGGUACGCAGAUAAAAUCGGCAAGAGCUGUUCUACAGGCUGGGAAGGUGAGGGAGCACGGUCCAGAGGGGAAAGGUCCGUUGAGAUAUCUGCCCUGGCAGUUUGGCGUGGACUACGAUGCUAUUGGUCGAGGCAGCGGGCAAGAUCUCUUCGAUGAGCAGUUAGAUGUCAGGGAGCUGCUGAGGGGGCAGGAUGUAGUGAAGUGGGUGAUCCUGAGCACGGGGAUGUUCAUGAGCUUUUUGUUUGAGGAGGUAUUUGGUGUUGUGGAAGAAUUGAAGAUUGCGGAUGAAAGAGGGGAGGAGAGGGGAGUGAAAGUGAGGGCAUUGGGCGGAGCGGAGAAUAAGGUCACGGUCACGUCUGUGGAGGACAUCGGCAGAGUGGUCGCGCAGGUGGUUUUUGAGGGAAGGGAGAUUGGGGGUGUGGUAUUUACAGCUGGGCAGACGGUGGGGUAUAGGCAAUUGGCUGAGAUUUUGGGGGAAGUACUGGGACGGAAGGUGGAGGUGGAGGAUUGGAGUGUGGGGCAAUUAAGAGCAGAACUGGAUGAGAAGCCGGAUGAUAGUAUGAGGAAGUAUCGGCUUGUCUUCGCGGCGGGCAAGGGCGUUUGGUGGGAUGAAGAAGGGACGCUGGAAAAGCAGAUAGGUCUAAUAUUGCAGGACGUCAAAGCGUGGUGUCUGCAGAAUCUUAGGCGUAAUUAA